AUGACCGCCGUUACGCCCUCGAGAUCUGGCGUUUCGCCAUCUAGUUCCCCUCGCUUACCGUCUCCGCCACCCAUCCCGGAGGUGCAAUUCGGCCCUAAAAGCCCCGGUGUCGACCUUUCCAAAGAACUUUCGCUUGAUGCCACGUCCAAACCAGACGAAGGAGCAGCGAGGAGGAUAAGGCCGGGAACAAAAGCUGCAGAUAUGGCUUUGGGCCCCCCUCUCAUUCCGUUGAGUCAGCUCGACUCGCCAUUCCAACUUCAAGAACAUCUCAAGUCCCUCUACGCUCACCUUACCCACACCCAAGAGUCUACACAUACCGUUCCAAUCACAAAAGAGUCUGCACUACAACUCGCCACACCUCCACAGAUCAACGACCACGAGUUCGUGGAUAGGAAUCUGUGGCUGUAUGAGCUCUGUCGAUUUCUCACUCAAAAAGCAAAUAUCGUCUCAAUAUUCCUCAUGAACGACAACCCACCGUGUUCUGCUCAGACGUGCCCGGAAAUGCGCGCCAGUGAAUGGCAGUAUCUUUGCGCGGUACACGAGCCGCCCAAGUCAUGCUGUGCGAUCGACUAUUGCAACCAUACCCUCGAUUGGGCCGCGAAUGUUCUGACUAGCCCGAAGCAUUUUCCUUCGCGGUUAGCACUAGGUUCCGAAGCAGGCAAUGUCAUUCAAAGCAUGCGACAACUAACAAAUAUCUUUCGGCGAGUGUAUCGUAUAUUUGCUCAUGCUUGGUUCCAACAUCGUGAUGUCUUUUGGUCUGUCGAAGCCACCUAUGGCUUGUACUUGCUUUUCAAAGUCGUUUGUGACGAGUACCAUCUCAUCCCCGAGGACAGCUAUACAAUUCCAGCCGAAGCCGAAGGAGUCCAUGAAGCCGCUAUCGAUCGCGAGGGCGCUUUACGGCCACAAAUACUUCAUAGAGACAAUGCGGGGAGUUCCACUCUGGACGAGCCAUCCACUGGGUCCACAUUAUCAGAUAUUCCUGUGGCGAUGGCCCCAACGACGGUCAGCACAGGUGCGACAACACGGAGACACAAACACACUCCAAGCACCGGGAGCCAUGUUGCCACUAUUGCCGAGGGUCAAGAAGAGGAGGAAGAGCACCCGAAAAGCAGUACAGCAGCGCCGAAGAAUCCGCCCCCUCCACCUCAACUUGUGGAGAUGCCAAACACCAUCCCAGCAUCGGAACGGGAUGACUCGUCUCUGAAAAGUGAUGGCACAGGGAAGGACAGAAAUAAAGGCAAAUCUCCUGAGCGUCUUUUACCAAAACUUGACAUUACCUCCACCGUGCCGAAAUACGAGCCUCGUGCAUCAGAGGAUCCCACGCCCACCGGCACAUCCGAGGAUAUUGACCCAUUGUCCACGCAUAUGGAGUCCCAAAAUCUAGGGGCAUCAUCUACAACAGCGGGUGGAGAUGUCGGUCUCAGCACGAUCGAUAGUACCGCCAACUCGAAUGAGAAAGAUGAACCGGUCAAAGUAGAAACCCCUAUAGAACAAACAAUCGACCCGUUCCAAGAGGAGGAAGGCCAGAAAAUCACGUCCCCUUCCGGUGGCUCGAUAAGGACGAGUGGAAGCGACGUGCUUGGGGCAAUCCUGGGCCACAUCCAUGAUCUGGAUGAUGGAAAUUCAAUCGAUGCUGAGAAGCAAAGUCAAGCUGGUGGCAGUGGAGCAACUUUGCCAGCCAGGGAGGCGGCUGAUCGUAUGGGUGCAGCGGCUAGUGACGACAAGAGUGUUGAGGAUAAUGAAGGCAUGAGCCCGAUCAGGACGGAGCCACCAUUAUCGACUGGGCCCGAGGAUGGGCCUUCUACGGACGAUCAGGGUGAAGAUGAAGCGAAGACGAAGAAUGAAGAGCUUGGACCUCCAGUUGACGAGGUCAGAAUCUCGGUGGAGGAGGCUACGGAUGACCUCGAGGAUGAUGCGCAGCAGAAAGACAACCACGAUGAACAGGGCGACACGGCAAACACGACAAAGGCUGAAUAG